AUGUCUCACCCUCCACCACACGCGCUCGCACCCCGCACCGUCGACCUCGACUCUCCCAGCCCUGCUCACUCGUUCUUCUCUCUCGCCGACACGCUCAUUAUGCCGCCUAUGGCAAUGGAACACCGCCAGGUGAGCGUGUUCAUAUUCGUACUCAACUACGUGUCCGAUAAGGUGGAUCAUCUGGCGCAGACCUUGUACCAGAUUAUGCGGGGUCCGUAUAUGGAUAUGGAGGUCGCACUAGUAUGUGAGGCCAUCCAGAACGGCCUUGGAGGUCGCAUCAAGGUGAAGAAGAACAACGGCGGGAGCCUUACGUUCCCCCAUGGCCGCUGUAGGUUCUUACAUCGGACGACCGUGAGUUGGGGCUGGCACCCGGAUCAUGGCGGCGGUGGCAAAGGAAAGGGCAAGAAAAGGUCCGCGAAGGGGAAGGAUUUCCGAUCGGACGUAGUGGCCGCGUUGGGUCGCAAACUCAUCGAGGCGCUUGGCCUGGACAACGUCCAAGGCGGGUUCAACCUCCAGAAGUGGAACCGAAUCUGCGCUCGCAACUGGGCACUGUGGGGGUGGCUGUGCCCGAGGAAUACCUCCGCGCAGUCCCCGGCCCUUCCGCCUCACUCGGCUAUCCCGGCCUGCGCGGCGAGCGUGAGGCACCGACGCCAGGGCUCUCCCUCGACCCCUGCGUCCUUGCAACGUUGCUCCAUUGUCUACGACUCACAUCCACUCGUCGUCCCUCGACACGCUAGCGCGCCUCCGCCCGACUCCUAUGCAUCGUGUCCUCGCGCGCGUCCUCCGGGCACGUCGUCCAUCGCGCCUCGCGCGCCCAUCGCGCCUCGCACGCCCAUCGCGCCUCGCACGCCCAUCGCGAUCCGCCCGCGUUCACCCCAGGAUCGAUACGGCAGCCUCCGCGUGGAGACGAAACGCAUCUGGACGCGCCGCGCGUUCCCGUUCGCCCUCGAUCUUGCCUUUUCUACGCUCGUCAUCCUCCUCGGUCUCGUCUAA